AUGGCCCUGGACCACCAUUGGAAAGACAAGUUGUUCAGUCAGUGCUCCGCGCGCCGCCGAAGUUCCUCGUCCUCCGGCUCCUCCCAGUCCUCGGGCCCGAGUGUAGGCGGGGCCGCCUCCCCGGGCUGCCUGAGUCGGAGCCCCCGCGGGUUCCUGUCGGCCUGGGGAGCCCCGCUGCCCGCCAGCCCCUCGCUAGAAGAAAUGGCUUCCCGCGAGGAGGAACCCUGCAGCCUUAAGAUUGAUUCCAAAGAUAGUUCUCGUAACUCCAUGAACUCUGAGUGUGCAGCUGAAGCUGAGAGUCAGAAUGAUAGUGUGGAGGACCCAGACAAGGUCCAGAAAAGAAGGAGGGACAGGCUUCGAGACCAGGGCUCCACAAUGAUCUACCUGAAAGCCAUCCAGGGUAUCCUGGGCAAGUCAGUGCCCAAGAGGAAGGGAGAGGCUGCCACCACGAGGGUGAAGCCAAGCUCUGGAGAGCAUCCCAGCAGAGAAAGACCAGCCAGGAGCGUCGAAGGACCGGCCAGAGGCCUGGAAGGACCGGCCAGGAACCUGGAAAGAUCAGCGAAGAGCCUAAAAGGACCAUCCAGGAACCUGGAAGGACCGGCCAAAAGUGGGGAUGGACCAUCCAGGAACCUGGAAGGGCUGGCCAGAAAUGGGGAUGGACCGGCCAGCAGAGGGGAUGGACCGGCCAGCAGAGGGGAUGGACCGGCCAGCAGAGGGGAUGGACCGGCCAGCAGAGGGGAUGGACCGGCCAGGAGCCUGGAAGGACUGGUCAGGAACAUUGAAGGACCGGCCAGGAGUGUCCCAGUCACUGCUCCUUCCAAAGAAGAGUCCUCUCCAGAGGUCAGGUCAGGAGAGACGCGUGUGCUUGACAGCAGCGACUUUCCUGACAGUAGAGUGGUUGUAGACCCUGGGGAGCAACCAGCUAAGGAGCUGCUUGGUGACCAGACAACAAUCAUUGACAAACCCCUGGCACCUCUAGAAUUUCGUGAUGACUCUGACUCUCAUGUAGAUACCGAAAAGCAGGAAGACAGGGAGGCGGUGCUUGAGCAUCCGUCUUCAGGAAGUGACUGGUCCGAUGUGGAUGAGCUGACCACCGUGAGAUUCUCUCAGGAAGAACCCCCUUCAGCCAGAUGCUCCUCAGCAGUUCCGGAACCUUCUUCCUUCCCCACGGACUACGUUAUGUACCCUCCUCAUCUGUACAGUAGCCCCUGGUGUGACUACGCCAGCUACUGGACCAGUGGCCCCAAGACGCCUGGGACUGCUGGCUACCCUUCCGUGGGCAGCAGCGGCCACGACGUGACACAGGCUGACAAGAGCCACGGGAGCGUGGGGCGUGCUGCUUCCCCACGGCCCCCACGGAGCUCCCCGAGCGCCGCCAGAGCCCCGCAGGACACCCACGAGGGCCACUCCCAGAACGCCCGUGGGCUUCGCUUCUCCAGAAGCUCGGAGGAAGGGGAGGUGAAGGAGAGAAGGACAUUCCGCGAGGAGACGCCCCCUCGGCCCUGUGGGGGACGACUCCCGUCUACUUCAGCUCCAAGGAGCCACCGGGAGCCGAGUCUGGAGGAGGGCUUCAUUGACACCCACUGCCACCUGGACAUGCUCUACUCCAAGCUGUCCUUCAGAGGGACCUUCACAAAGUUCCGGAAGACGUACAGCAGCUCCUUCCCCAGGGAGUUUCAGGGCUGCAUCUCUGACUUCUGCGACCCUCGGACGCUGACGGACGGCUUGUGGGAGGAGCUCCUGAAAGAGGACCUGGUGUGGGGAGCCUUUGGCUGCCACCCUCAUUUCGCGCGGUACUACAGUGAGAAUCAAGAGAGAAACAUUUUGCAAGCCUUAAGGCACCCCAAGGCGGUGGCUUUUGGGGAAAUGGGCCUGGAUUACUCCUACAAAUGUACCACGCCCGUCCCAGAGCAGCACAAGGUGUUUGAGAGACAGCUGCAACUGGCUGUGUCUCUGAAGAAACCCCUGGUCAUCCAUUGCCGAGAAGCUGAUGAAGAUCUGCUGGACAUCAUGAAAAAAUUUGUGCCCUCUGACUACAAAAUCCAUAGGCACUGCUUCACUGGCAGCUAUCCGGUCAUCGAGCCGCUGCUGAAGCACUUCCCUAACAUGUCCGUGGGCUUCACGGCCGUCCUCACCUACGCCUCUGCCUGGGAGGCCCGCGACGCUGUGAAGCGCAUCCCGCUGGAGAGGAUCAUUGUGGAGACGGAUGCCCCCUACUUCCUGCCCCGCCAGGUUCCCAGAAGCCUUUGCCAGUAUGCCCACCCAGGCCUGGCCUUGCACACGGUCCGGGAGAUCGCCAGGGUGAAGGAGAAGCCGCUGUCGCGCACGCUGGCCAUCCUGCGGGAGAACACCAGCCGCCUGUACAGUCUCUGAGCAGGUGUCCCGGGCACGAGGCACGGAUGCGCCAGGCGCACAAGCAGGCCUGCGCACGCCACGGCCACGACGCACGCCUGGGGCGGCGAGGCCGGGUCCGUGUCAAGCGAACCUGGCUCAGCACCUUCUCUUCUCUUCCAAACCCUCCAGGGCAACCAGCAGCUGACAGCGCGGGCUGGGUCGGAGGGCAAGGAUGCAUCUGGAGCCUGUCAGGACAGAGCCACAGGAGCCUCGCGCCAGGCUUCAGCGUUGUGCUGGUGGGUGGGUGUGCUAGCGUGGCCGUGGGAGGGGACACAGCUCUUGAAGAGCACCAGGAUUUACCCUGCUGGGCACAGCAGUCCAUCCAGGGCACCUGCCAAUAAGGGUGCCGUGGAAGGGGAUGCCGAGUUGGCCAGACUGAACCCCUGCUCCAGCUGUGUGAGCGAGCGGUGUGAAUAAAGUCCCCUCUGCUGUGAUGA